UUGUCCUCAAACAAAUAAGCAACUUACAAAAUGAAAUUGAUAAUCUUCUUCGUCGCCGCCUUAUUGGUCGUCGUCAACGCGGAUCCCGAACCAAAACCGAAACCGGGAUCGAAAGCAGUAGUCUACAGUUCCCCGUUGGGUUACAGCCCAUAUGCAGCACUCUCUUAUCCUGGUUUAUAUCCUUACGGUACCCCAUCUCUAUACUCCUCGCCAAUCGUAGGAUGGAACGGUUACGCCGGAUUGAACGGUUACGCCGGAUUGAACGGUUACAACGGAUGGAACGGUUACGGAUGGAACGGAUACAGCGGAUGGCCCGGCGUAAUCGCUGUCUAAUAAGAUAAUUAUUAUUUUAUUAGAAAUGGUUUAUAAUUAAAUAAGUUGUAUAAAAUAUA